GAGCUGUCGCGGGUUUGCUGGUACGUCAUUGGUCCAGAGGCGGCUCGUGUGGAUUGAUAAGCGCCAGGAUGACGCUAUUGUCAGCUGGAGCGGGUUUGUUUAUGUAGACCUGGCGUGGCAGGGCGAGGGUCUACGUUGAUGCCUUGAGAUCGUCGCAAUCGAAUAGGAACUUGGCGCUACAUAAAACCAAAAUAAAGUCCCCGUCGCCGCUGGGCUGAGCAAUAGCGCGCUAUUGGGUGACGGAACAUCUGUCGCGCGGGCUGAACUGAAUAGGUGUGAGUGCGUUUAUUGGAGGCUCGGGAUGAGGCAAAGAUUCCUGGGAUCCGCAACUUAAUCGGGCCAACAAAUGUACCCCUAUGAAAGUGAUUCUGCUGCUGAAGAUGAGUUUUCGGACUUAUCAGAAGGCGGCGUCAGUGGCGAUCCCUCCGGGAUAGAUCCUAAAUUUGGUAACAAGAAAAGAUGGUCGAAAUCGGAGGACGCUGCUUUGAAAUCCCUCGUAGCACAAUACGGCGAACGAUGGGAUACGAUUUCAAAAUUUUUAAAAGAGCGGUCAGAUAUGCAAUGCCAACAACGUUGGGCAAAAGUUGUCAAUCCAGAGCUUAUAAAAGGACCUUGGACAAAGGAGGAAGACGAAAAAGUUAUAGAACUUGUCAGAAAGUAUGGACCGAAAAAAUGGACGCUUAUUGCACGAUUCCUGAAAGGUAGAAUAGGGAAACAGUGUCGCGAACGGUGGCACAAUCAUCUAAAUCCUAAUAUUAAGAAAACAGCGUGGACCGAAGAAGAGGACAAAAUUAUUUAUCAAGCACAUCAGCAAUGGGGGAACCAGUGGGCGAAAAUUGCAAAAUUAUUGCCAGGACGUACGGACAAUGCAAUAAAAAAUCAUUGGAAUUCGACUAUGCGAAGAAAAUAUGAAUAUUUCGAUAGUCGAAAACCAAAAAGUGGAAAACGGUCACUAACCGAUCUAAGCGAACCGCGGAUCAAUCUGAAAACUUUGAUGAAGAACUCUGGUGUGCAAGGUGCGACGCAAUCGCUUAUAGACAAUUCAGAUAAUUCGAAUUCGUCGAAUGUUGUGCUGAGCAGUGAACGGGAGCAUGACCCUUCACCAUUGACAGUGACCGCUAAAGGGGAAGCGAAUCGUAGUUAUACAUCUCAGAAAGGAUCCGAUGUGCGGCUGUUGAAGAGGAAAAUGCCAAACAUAUUGAAGAAAGGGAGGAAAACUUAUGAGCUGUCCGAAAUGCAGACAGCAAACGAAACCAUCCUAUCACAUUCCACAAUUCAUGAAGGUAUUGUAGAAAGUUCGGGAGAUCUGGAUCCAUUAAAGUCGCCUCUGGUGACACCAAUCAAACCAUUACCAUUUUCGCCGAGUCAGUUUUUCAACUCGCCUUCCUUGAAUAUAUCAUUUGAUAUAAAUAUACCAGCCAGUACACCCGUUAGAAGGCAGCCUGAAAAGGAUGGCGAUUCGUAUCCAACGGAGCCGAUCAUUCAAAUCAAUGUGGAUGGGGGAGAUGAAAGAGGUCAUAAUCGUAUUUCUGGUAGGAGAGAAAUCGAGUCCCAUUACAUCACAGAAACGCCUUCAAAGAAGAUGCUGCUUGGACCCAGGACGCCAACUCCUUUCAAGGAUGCUUUAGCUGAACUUAGAAAACGUCAUGGUAGAAGGUAUAUACCCCCGAGCCCAUCGCGCUUGGUUGAGGAUAUAGCUGAGAUAAUGCACGACGAAGAACUACAAGAUAUGACUGGUGAUUCCGUCUAUGAAACUGAUACGAGCGCGAUGAUUGGUCGCAAGGCGCCCAUCAGAUCUACUCGGGAUUUCAAGGAGAACCUUCAGCCUCCUAAAAAAGCCAGAAAAUCAUUGGUGAACAGUUGGGAGAAUGAAGUGCUGCCGAAUCAAAGUGAGGUGUUGCCUUAUGAGACGGAAACUCCGAGUAAAUUCCUGAAUUCUGAUUCAGGUGUGGUCUUCUCUCCGCCCAGUAUUAUGAAAGACACAUUAGGCGAUUCGGGUUUGCUUUUGGAAUCGGACGCGACAGUUGUUAAUACCCCAAAAAAGAAAGUACAGAAACAGAUCCUCGAUGCCAAGUGGGAGAAAGUUGUCUGCGGAAAAACGAAGGAUCAGCAAUACAUGACGCAGCAAGCUCAUAUGUGUUUGAAGAAAAUAUCUUUUCAGCCGCGUUCGUUGAACUUCUACAAAAACUGAUGCACAUAAUAAUUGAAAUAGUAGGAAUAGUUAGCUUGUAAGCCCAAAAUGCUUAGUUUAAAUAGUAUCCUAUGUUUGUGACUAAACCGAUUAUAAAAAGCGUAGUUACUACCAUUUAUUUUGUAAAUUUUAAUAUAUUCUAUUCAAACAAGGAAGCCAAUAGGAUGAAAAUUCGACAUAAAAAAGUUUGCUUAUAAUUGUCAAAUAUUUUCUACAAACAAUAAUUAGUGCUUUGAUAUGAACAUAAUAUCUUUUAUGUCAUCACUUUUAUAUAGACCGUUCGACACGAGUAUGUCUAUUUUACAAACAAUUUUAUACCUUGAUUGCAUGUGAACUUAGCAGUAAUUCAGGUGUUUAUUUGGGCGAAUUCCAGUUCAUCUAGUUGCUCGCAAUUGGUUCAAAUUUAUAGUCAUGCUAAGUGAAAAAAUAGAUGUAAGCAACAUUGUAAUCUACAAUAAAGUAUGAUUUAUAUUUUUCUAGUGUAA